CAAAAGUAUUGGGACACGCCUCCAAAUCAUUGGAUUCAGGUGUUCCAAUCAUCUCCAUGGCCACAAGUGUAUAAAAUCAAGCACCUAGGCAUGCAGACUGCUCUCAGGAGCUCAGUGAAUUCAAGCGAGGUACCGUGAUAGGUUGCCACACCAUCCGUGAAAUUUCCUUGCUACUAAAUAUUCCACAUCCAACUGGUAGUGGUAUAAUAACAAAGUGGAAGCAAUUGGGAACAACAGCAACUCAACCACAAAGUGGUAGGCCAUGUAAAAUGACAGAGGGGGGUCAGCGCAUGCUGAAGCGCGCAGAAGUGGCCAACUGUCUGCAGAGAUCAAUAGCUAUAGACCUCCAAAUUUCGUGUGGACUUCAGAUUAACACAACAACAGUGCGUAGAGAGCUUCAUGGAAUGGGUUUCCAUGGCCGAGCAGCUGCAUCCAAGCCUUGCAUCACCAAGUGCAAUGCAAAGCGUGGGAUGAAGUGGUGUAAAGCACGCCGCCACUGGACUCUA